AAAGUGAGCUAAGGACGUCCCUCAUAAGAAACUCCGCUAAAAAUUUCCUUCUCUUUCUGUUAAAUACACUUUCGAUUUUGCUUUUAAAAUACGAUCAAACGCCACCAACAACUACCAUUUCUUUUUUUUGGUUCUUUCAUUUUCCUCGCCUUCUGCUCCCUCUCAAAAGCCGCAAACCAAGCCUUGGUUUAGUAGUAGGGUUCUUGAGAGAAAGAGCUUGGUGUUGCACUCAGUACAAAUGGCUUUCUCUUGUCUUCUCAGAUCUACGCCCGCCGCUCCUCUUGUUGAAGCUUCCCGCUCCGACUUCUCUCCUUCACCGUCCGAUCGAUUCAAGGUGUCUAGCGUUAGUUUUAACUCUUUGAAGAGCAUUUUUGGCACUUCAAUUCCAACAGGGUCAUCUUCCUCACAGACAUGCAGUGGAAGGAGCAUCCAACCCAUCAAGGCCACAGCUACCGAAAUGCCUCCCACAGUUUUAAAAUCGCGGGCUGAUGGAAAGACGAAGAUUGGAAUCAAUGGUUUUGGUCGUAUUGGUAGAUUGGUUUUGCGAGUAGCAACUUUCAGGGAUGAUAUUGAUGUGGUGGCAGUGAACGAUCCUUUCAUUGAUGCUAACUACAUGGCUUACAUGUUUAAAUAUGAUUCUACUCAUGGCGUUUUCAGUGGAACCAUCAAGGUCUUAGAUGAUUCCAACUUGGAAAUCAAUGGGAAGCAAAUCAAAAUUACAAGCAAAAGGGAUCCCACAGAGAUCCCUUGGGGUGAUUUUGGGGCCGAGUAUGUGGUUGAAUCAUCUGGUAUUUUCACUACAGUUGAGAAGGCUGCAGCUCACAUGAAGGGUGGUGCGAAGAAAGUGGUCAUAUCAGCUCCCUCAGCUGAUGCUCCGAUGUUUGUAGUUGGAGUAAAUGAGAAGACAUACAAGCCAAACAUGGACAUUGUUUCCAAUGCAAGUUGCACUACCAAUUGCCUUGCUCCUCUUGCUAAGGUUGUUCAUGAGGAAUUUGGUAUCAUUGAAGGUUUAAUGACAACUGUCCAUGCAACCACAGCAACUCAAAAGACUGUAGAUGGUCCAUCAAGGAAGGAUUGGCGUGGUGGCCGAGGAGCAGCACAAAAUAUCAUUCCCAGUUCCACUGGCGCUGCAAAGGCUGUUGGAAAAGUUCUUCCAGAACUCAACGGAAAACUUACUGGAAUGGCCUUCCGUGUCCCAACACCUAAUGUUUCUGUCGUGGACUUAACUUGUCGACUUGAGAAGAGUGCAUCAUAUGAAGAUGUCAAGGCAGCUAUUAAGUACGCAUCAGAAGGCCCACUUAAGGGCAUUCUUGGGUAUACUGACGAUGAUGUUGUCUCCAGUGAUUUUCUUGGUGACUCAAGGUCAAGCAUAUUUGAUGCCAAAGCUGGUAUAGGAUUGAGUGCUUCCUUCAUGAAGCUUGUUUCUUGGUACGACAACGAGUGGGGUUACAGCAACCGAGUGCUGGACCUUAUCGAGCACAUGGCGUUGGUGGCAGCACACAAUUAAAUAAAUACCAUGAGAGGUUUACUGCAUUAGCGGACGCUACAAUUUUAGCGAAUGCUUCAAGCUUCUAUGAAAGUGUAGUUACGAAUUUGAUAAGUGAUUUGGUUUUUGUUUUGUGUUUUUGGCUCUUCUUCUCAUGUGAAAUUUGGACAUGCAAGGGUGCAUCUCUGAAAUAAUGUUACAUUCAACAUGUAUGCGGUCAAUCUAGAAGUAUACCUCUGGACUGCCUAAUGAUAGGAUAAAAAUGACGAUCAAGUUCCUUUCAUCAA